CUCCGCUUCUCCCUCAUUUCUAAUUUCUUCAUCUUUCUUCUCAACGGCAACUAUCUCCCCCCUCUUACCCCUCUCUCCGCCUCCCCUUCUCUCUCGAUCUCUUGUCUCCUUCGUCUUCCUCAGAAUCUUCACUCUUCCUUUCUCUCAAUUUCUAUUCUCUAAAAUGAAGCAUCCACCCAAGAAACCCUAUCUUGCUAAAUACCCAUCUCGCCGAUCCACUGCCCAUUUUCUAUUCCUUGCGCUAACGGCGCCGGAAUCAAGGGCGGAAGACCCCUAGGAAACCUAUGUCGUCUUCCAAAGAAAAUGCUUCACCGUCAGAUCCCAAAUUCCCAACUCCAUGGUUCCCGAUUCCAAACCCUCGCCGACUAAGUUGAAGAGCCUGCUCCAUCUUCUAACCCACUUAAGCGGAAGCUCAGUAUGGAGACCGUUCCGGAUAAUUCCAUCCCUGGGUUGUCUGAUUCUGUUGCUAAGAUUAGAGAAGAUGUAAAAUCUGGUGUAGAAAAUUUAACAGAGGAGUGUGUAUCCACAAUGGCAGCCGUUACUCGGCUUCUAAUGAAGCUACUGCCAAAAGCUUUAAAUUGCCUUCCGGAUGCACCUCAAAAUCAGCUUCAUUCUUUGUGUUUUCUAAUUUCUAGCUCACUCAAUUCAGCCAUGGAAGUACGGAGAUAUUCCACAUUUUAUAAUGCAAAACCUGAUGAAGCCGGUGAUGGUGUUUGCACAAGAGCUUGGAGAUUCUUUUUAUCUUACUUCACAAUUGACGUUCUUUCAAUUCUUCCACUCCCCCAGGAAUAAAGGAAAAUGAAGUAUAAUCGAAUUUGGAACCUUUGCAAGCAAGGGGAAGUUUUCUGUUCCCUAUCUCUUUUUUUUAUCCUUACAAUCUUGCUUAAAAUGCUUUGAAGACAAAUUAAAGUUUUAAGUGGGGGGUAGGGUUGUAGCUUUGCAUGUUCUAUGUCCUUUGGGAAAUUUUCAUUUUGCCAAAAAUGUCCAAAUUUUAAACUUUUUCAAUUUCUUUAUUCUUAAAAUAAAUACCAUGUCU